CGUCAGGGCCACAAACCUUCAACCAACAUCACCACAUCUACGAAAGUCCCUCCCAGCCGAAUGAUCUCACCCUGGAAUGACCCUCGCAAUCGAUUAUUAGAGCUCUGUUGUAUCGAAGAGAGGUUGCGAGCAGCCUACGACUGCCUCUGUUGGAUUAUGUGGGCGAGCGAUGAUGAGAUCGAUGUAUCAAUCGCGCUGAAUGAACUCGCUGGCAAAAGAAAGCGCGAAGACGAUGCGUCAAAUACAGACAACGAAUCUUUACCACCGGCUAAGAUAUCAAAGGCCUCAAGAGAGUCUUCUCCUCUACAAUGCCCAGAGACUCCGAGAUUGACACCGAGAGAGACGAAGUUUCCUGAAUCCCGACAACAACUUACCAGAGAGUCCUUACAAAUUGUCAGAGAUCGGUUGUCCUCGCUCACUCGCAAGAAUAAUGAAAUCAAGGACUCUAUUCAGUCUCUUAGAACCGCCGUAAUUGAUGACCUUUUCAGUCACAUGAAGAUUAGACAGAUUGCUAUCGGCCAGUUAGGGCGUGAUGACCUGGAUGAUGACAUGAGGCAGCUUUGCACUGGAGCUCUCGAGUCUAGAAGGGAUGAGAUUCACACCAAGCAGAGAGAAUUGACGACGAUAGAGGAGCUGCUUGGUGGUCACAAAGCAGUUCUUGAAUUUGCCGACUCGGCUUACGAGGAGCUAGAGCAGAAUAUCCAGGUUCUCGAUCGUGCAUUAAGCCUAGAAAACAGUGCUACCGUGUUAUCUCUCUUUGAUUUCCCGCAUCUAUCUGCUCUUGCUAAGUUGACAGGAGGCACUACCCCCUUUUGGAGCCCACCACCUGAGCCAGCAAAAGCUAGACGCAGGACUCACUCCUUUCCUCAGUUUGCUAAGCUUCCACCUGAGAUCAGACUCCAGAUUUGGCAGAGCGCUCUUCCGAAUCCUAGAAUCAUCACUCACAACCCACGACACAAUCGAAAUUUGGCUCUCUUGGCCGUUAACAGAGAGUCCCGGGCCGCUAUUCUCACCAAACUUACUCGGCUUCUUAGCCCAACAUUCGAGACCUCCAAAACAGACACAAAAGUCAUUUAUGUCGACCUCAAAAACGACACCAUUAUCCGAGACCUAGCAAAUCCAGAAGGAGAAGAUGCGUUUGAUCUCGAACCAACCGACUUCAACCUAGUCUGCUACAGACUCUUCAUCGGCCUCGCAAAAGUAAAGCAUCUCGCCCUCGCCUUCGACAUCCUACACAGCAACGGCGGCCAACUUUUCGCGCCCCUCCAAUCAUGCUGUCCCGAGCUCGAGAACUUAAUCCUCUUCCCCAGCUCCAUGGUCGAAGGCGGACCCCUCAAACUCCCAAAGCAAUCUUCACACCACAGACUGAAGUUCAUCGACAUAGACUCCAAUGUCAUCGACUACGUUUUCCAGCGGCGGGAACAACUCUCUGAUCGAAAUCUGAAGCGGAAAGCGCUUCGCGGUAUCGCUAUCCUGAUUACGCUAUACGAUCAUGCGCAACAGUACCGUGCCGUGUUCCCGGAGUAUAUUGAGCAGUACGGACGGUCUUGGACGCCGAGUAUCAGGGUUUGUCUGGUGGUUAAGUGGAAUGAGAAGUAUCGAGCUUGGCAGACGAGGUAUUUGGAAGGGGAUAAGUAUUCGAAAGGAUAUAGGGGUAAAGAUGGGAAGUUAUAUAGGGGGUUCGUGGAGUCGGAUAUGAUGUGUGGGGAGGAUGGGGAGGUGCUUAGUCGGUAUGAUGGGAUUGCGGAGAUGUUUGGAAGGUUGGAGAUUUGAGGGGAGGAGGAAAUGUAGAGAGCCUGAUUGCUUGCCGGUCUUGCGGUCAUGUACUGUAUAUUUGUAGGAUAGAGAUACAGGAGCAUAUCCUUGUUGAGCUAUAUAAAUCAUGACUAUUCCU